CGCGUUCCGUUCUUUCGUUUCGGGCACUGUUCGGAGAUUAAAAAUAAUUGAAUUAACGCUGCGAUUUGGUGGACAUAGUGUGCUGUAACAGCGAAAGGUCCCAAUUUCGGAUGGACCAAAAGUGAUAAGCGGUGAUUAGAAGACAGAGCGACGCGUAGAAAGAGUGUAAAAGUAUGCUGUUUUGAUUGGGCUUCCUCCCCCUUUCACUGCGGGUGCUGCUGAGUUUAGUUUGGAUGGCCGUGUUUUGAACGACGACGACGACCAAGGCAUCGAAAAGACGACGGCGACGAACGACGAAGAGGACUGCGGGGCUGAUGGUAAUGACGUGUUGUUUCUCGGUUGAGCACUAUCGAAAGCAGCAACAGCAGCAAAAACAGCGCCGAAGACGACGAAUGAAAAUAGCGGUUCCUUAUGAAUACACUAAUACCAGCCUGGAAGCAGCCAACAGCAGAAGAAGAUUGCAGAAACAUCACCAAUCACAGUUCUACGAGGCCUCUCAAGGAAACAGGAAGUUCCCGUCGUCGGAUCAGUUCCAGUCUUGCACCGUGGGAGAAACAGGUGACCUCGGACCACUACCAGCACGGGUCGUCGCCCGUCUCGAGCAAUGCAGAGGGAGCUGUAGAAACGCCGCUUUUGACGACGCUAGCCAAUGCUGCUACUGCUGCUGAUGACGACGACAGCAAGAAACAAAACAAUGCGAACGACGACGUGGAACACGAGCUAGUAGAAUCUACGGGUGAUCUUGCGGCGAAGUAUCACUACACGGGUAACGAAACCAGUGAGGAUUUGCCGACGCAGAACGACGGUAACACUAACGGCGGAAGGAGGUACAGUCGGAUCAGUAUGAUCAUUAUCUACGGACGGGAGGCGCUAUGCAUCCUGGCAUUGAUACUGACCACCUAUGCGUCUAUUCAAAAUAGUCCACCUAGAAUAUCGAAAGCACCUCCACCGGCACCAUUCUUCUCGAAAGGUUCCUUGGUCAGCGAUUGGCCUUCGGGAGCGUUGGGGCCCACUCAGACUCGCGUCUCGCAAUCGGAGCUCUCGUUCGUAUUUUACUACGCACCGUGGUGUGCGGAAAGCCAACAUGCCCGGUCGGUCUACGAGCACGUGGCCCGACUUUACUACCGCGAGGCUCACUUUGCUGCGAUCAACUGUUGGCAACCGGGCGGAGAGUGCCGACUGCAGUACUCCAAGGUGCAAUCCUGGCCGGUGCUGAUGGCUUACCAACCGAACGGAAUGGCCGUGCAGUUCCACCAGGUGUGGACCAAUGCGGCCCUGUCCAGGUUUGUGCAAUCGCUGAUCAACCCGAUCCAGAGGAUGGUCGGGCCCGGAGAUCUGAUGAGCUUCAUGACUGGGAAAGAUGCGGUGGUCGUAGCGUUUUUGGACAUGGAUGCCAAUAGAAAGCAAUACAAUCGGUUCUAUCAAACGUCGCUGAAGUGGCUGGAGAAGGACCCCUUCCAGGAGGUGGCAUUCGGCGUUGUCACGGGCGAGUCUUCCAGUGCUUUCGGUGUCGAGGAGGUUCCAGCCAUUCGGCUGUAUUUGUGGAACGAAACUAUCGAAUACCACGGCAACGAUUCGUGGGCUAUGCCGGAGCUGACCACCUGGAUCAACAAGCAAAUCCAGGUGGUUUCGAUGUGGAUUGCGCCACCCGGUGCCACCAAGUCCGCUUCAUUAGCCCCGUACUUCAAUCAGGGUCCGGUGUUGUUCUUCUUCACGCCUCGCUCGCUGUACGGAUCGUCUUCCGAUGCGUACAUGAUGCUGCGGCAGCUGGGUAUGCAGUACUACAACUGCCGGAACGACAUCUGGGUGCAGGAGAUGGCCAAGAAGUACAUUGCAGAGCAAAGGCGUGUGAGUACCGAUUCUUACGGCCAGCUGAGACAGGAAUGUGAACUGCUGUUGAAGCGGCAUCCUUCGCAGGAGCAGAAGGAUUCAGCGGAAGAUGGUUGCCGGGGAGUUUCCGGCAAAUCUGCUAUUGCUGUGUCGUUUGUGAACGUGUUAAAUUCGUCGAAGUUUGGCGAAGCGCGUAAGUCCGGGGAUGGCUACUGUGAUAUUGAGCAGGUCAAGUGUGACGAAAGAUUCUACGAGUGUGGAGACAUUGAUAUAGGGGGUGAGGCUAGUUGUGGUCAAAGGAAACGAAGUCAGCUUUAUGGUUCGCUGAAACACGACGAUGGUCGGGAAAAAAGCCCAGUGACUUCCAUGCUGGAUUCGGAUCAGGACUAUCGAGGACCAAAGCUGUUGAAAAGAUUAAGCAUAAGACGACAGUGUGAGCUGCUUCGGUUGAGCGAGUCCGAUGGCAGUGAAGUGUUCUUUCAGGAGACGCCAGGACUUGAAAAUGGUUAUGUGGAUUGGAUAAAAGGAAUGUCCUGUAAGUUCAACAAGACAUUGACGUUCCUGGGGAUGGACAGUGAUUUAUACCAUGCUUUUGCUGAACGAUUGGGAGUGGAUGUGCUGCAUAUGCCGAACAAGUCUAUCGCUGUAAUAGUAGAUCCAGAGGAUGAAUCCACGUUUCUACUCAAGAAAGAAGUAAACCUUUCAAGUUUAGCCAAGCUUGUACAUGACUUUUACAAUCGAACCUACCCCCGGUUCCUCAGAUCGAAUAACGUCUCGUUCAAAAAUACUCAUUCGUUCAACAUGAGUGAAUUCCGCAAGGAACACCGUCGGAUGAUUGAAGUGAAACGAUCGGAAAUGGCCGCCAAACUUCAGCAACAGAAGGAAACUGGCAAAAGCCAAAACGUUUCUGGUAACGACAACAAGAUGAAUCCGCGGGAACCGGUGGCCACUGGGGAUCAUCCGGUGGUGCAUCAUAAGCACCACUUUGUGCGGGAGAUCAAUUCUCAUAACUUUAAUCACGUGGUGAUUAAUUCCAAUAAGACUGUCGUCGUCCACUUCUACUCAGCUCAAUGUGCCUUCUGCAGUUUGCUCUCGCAGCAUCUGCUAACCAUCUCGAGAAUGCUGCAGCAUCAACCGUUGCUCGAGUUCGUUCGCAUCGAUGGCGAUAAGAAUGAUCUUCCAUGGGAGUACACCAUGGAUGCGUUUCCUACGCUGAUUAUUUUCCCCAAUCAAAGGAAAGUGGAGAGUCGAGUUUUCUCUCGCAGUUUGCCGAUAACUGUCCCCAACGUUCUUGGGUUCAUUCUUUCCAAUUUGAACCCUCCAGAGAGGCUAUACGCCACAACACUCAUUUGCAACGACAUCAAACCAAACUCACCUCCGCGAUACGAUUGCCUAGCGGCAAUAAAGCGCGAACUGAGCGACAGCAUCUCGCUUAACUUGCGUCUCUAUCGGUUAUCUACAAAACGUCCAACGCGAGCAGCCCGAAUCCUGCACCGGUUGCAGGCCCUGCAGGAACUCUACCUAGCCACGCUCCGUUGUCUUAGUCAUUCCUGUGAUUUUCCCCAGCUGAAGGCAAGUGCGAAAGCAAUUCUCACCAUGUGGCAGAUCGCCACGUGAAACCGAGAGAUAGAUGUGCAUUUAGUUAGGCAUUUCUGUUUUCCAUCCUAUUCACCCAAACACUCUCACUACCUGGUUUCCUAUGUGGAUAUUAGUUGGUUCCUUCUUUUUACUUACCUUUUCAUCGCCCACGGCUUAGAAAGCAUUUUACCUUCUAGCAAUGUGUUGAUCUAUUGUUUUAGGUUUUGUUGUUUAUAUUUUUGCGGGAUAGACUUCCCUUUUCUUGUUUUAGAGAGAAUAUUCUGAAUAUCAAAUCGAACUGAUUUAAAAUUCUCAGCUCAGAGAAAAAAGCAUUACUGCAAGUACAUGUAUAUUAGCCAAAUCAAAAAGCAAAACAACACGUAAUUCAACUAUCAACGGUAUCGAGAUCUCGUUGUAGAUAUUUUAACUCGCCUGUGAGCUAAUUAUUGCUAACAACAUAAAAAAACGAUUUAGAAUUAAGAAUAUUAUUAUUAUAAAUAAAGUGAAAGUUGAAAACUCCCCUUAGGUAAAAUAUGAAAUGAUAAUUCAUUAAAAGCUUAGGGCAAUUGAAGAGUGAAAAUCAAGAAAACAGACACUUUUUUUUAGAAACAAAGCACUACACUACUAGCGUUGUAAAUAUUACCCGUAGAUAUCGAUAUUUGGCACCCAAGCUAAGUGCGACGAGAUGAUGUCGAUAAGAUGCAAAAGAGAAAAACUAUCCUGUUGCAAUGUAGAGAGAAUUCCGUUUAUUUAAUCAUAACUAAAUUAUUGAAAGUUUUGUAUUUCGUAAAGUGAAUGAUGAUCGAUGAAAUAUCACACUAAUAUAUUUUGUUCAUAAUCA